GCUCACGAGCUUUGCACAAUUUUAUUGCGGAUCGGUUUUGAGCAGGAUGGUUCAUUUCGGGCAUGCAUUAGUCUAACCGAAGAAGGAAAACAAGUGCGCACCUUUUCAGUGUUCAGUUCUUUGAUUUUCAAGUGUUUGCACAAGAUGGAUCAUACAGGACAGGAAGUGCGCAAACAAAAUCCGAAGGAGAAGGCGAAUAUUGUGUCGGGAUUAACUUUUAUAUAUACUCGAAAACUAUUCAGGAGAGCCUUAAAAAAUGACUUAGAAGAAGAAGACUUGUACGACGUACUAAAGACACUGAACUCAGACAAAUGCGGCACCAAAAUCGAAUCUCGUUGGAAGCACGAGCAUUUGCAAGAAAAUCCGUCGCUUGCGCGCCUGAUGUGGGCAAGAUUCGGCCUAAAAUACGCCUUCAUUGGCCUAAUUCUGUUAACUUAUAAGCUGUUUAACAUAGCAAUGGAACCAUACGCGCUCAGCAGCCUGAUCAACUGCUUCAAGUCCGAAAACAGUUGCACUUUGAACGAGACCUACAUUUAUGGUGCAACAGUGAUCGGCAUUAAUGUUUUCAAUUUUUUCUUUUGGCACAACUACAUUAUCUACGUGCAAACGUUUGCGAUCAAAAUCCGCACAUCGUUCUGCUCGUUGCUCUAUCGCAAAGCUCUAAAACUGACUCCCUCAGCCAUGAACGAGAUCAGUCUGGGAAACAUUGUGACUCUAAUCACAAAGGAUGUGCAUACAUUCGAAUCGUCCAUUUGGCUCUUCAACGACAUGUGGAUCGGUAUCGUUUCUUCAGCUUUUAUUGUCUAUUUGCUGGUUCUCAAAAUGGGAUGGAUUUCGUUGAUUGGAAUCACGUUUCUUAUGGCAACUAUUCCCUUCCAACUUUACAUUGGGAAAUUGACAACAGUCCUGAGGCUGCGAGUCAGCAAAAAAACCGACCAGCGACUUCAAAUAAUGCAAGAGAUUCUCUCAUCCAUCAAGAUCAUUAAGCUGUACACUUGGGAGAACUAUUUCAACGAUCAAGUGAAUGACCGCCGGAGAAAGGAGGUUAAAAAUAUGCGCGUGGCAUCCGUGCUUAGAUCCCUGAUGGUGGUGGUGGGAUUUGGGGCGACAAAAAUCGGGUUCUACGUUCUCAUUGUCGCCUACCUCUGGAUGGGGUACAUUCCCGACGCCAAGCUCAUUUUCUACGUAUCCAACAUGUUCAAUAAUCUAAAGUUCCUGCUAGGCGUUUCCAUCCCCAUUGGCAUGUCGAAAGCUGCGGAACUGCUGGCGGCCGUUAUCAGGAUUAAUCAGGUGCUGAAGGCUGAAGAGCUGCACCGCGACAACAGCCAUGACGAGCCUACGGAUUCUCCUAAAAUGUCCCUACAAAACGCCACGGUGACCAUCAACAAGCGGCUGGCUUUGCAGGAAGUCUCCGUUAGCAUAACGCCUGGGUUGACUGUUGUGUCAGGCACAGUGGGUUCAGGAAAGAGUUCGUUGCUCAAGGCUCUGUUGCAAGACUAUCCGUUGGAAAGCGGUUCGGUUAGCACCUAUGGAAGAAUAUCGUACGCGUCCCAAGAUCCUUGGCUCUUCCCAUCGUCAAUCAGACAGAACAUCCUCUUUGGCGAAAGCUACGACGAAGCAAGGUAUCAAGAGGUAGUAAGAGUGUGCGCCCUGAUGUACGACUUGAACAUCCUGGAAAACGGAGACCAGACCAUCGUGGCAGACAAUGGCAUCAACCUGAGCAAAGGCCAGCAAGCCAGAGUAAAUCUAGCUAGGGCCAUAUACAAGCAAAGCGAAAUCUACUUACUAGAUGACUCAUUGACUGCCCUGGACGCUCACGUGCAAGACCACAUCUUCAAUGAAUGCAUUAAGAAGUACUUGAAGAACAAAGUGGUGGUGUUAGUGACUCAAACGGUGCAUCACAUUCAGGACGCCGAUAAUCUGAUAAUCAUGCAAAACGCCAGAGUGAAAUCCAUGGGCAAGCCCACUGAGUUGUCGAUGGAAGAACUUUCCGAACUGGUGGGUAAUGACGACGAAAUAGAAAAGGAAAUAAUUGAGGAACCAAAAACCAACGGAAUAGUCAAAGAAGAAAAAAAACCGACCGACGAAGCCGAAAGCGAAAAACUAUUGGAAUCCGAACAGACCCAGGCGAAGAAGAUAUACAAGGAAAUCACCAAGAAGGGCGACGUGAGUUUUUCGGUGUAUGGCAAAUAUUUCAAGUUUGGCGGCGGUAUUUGCGUGUUCCUUGCUAUAGUGUCCUUGUAUUUCAUUGCCCAAGGCAGCGAGACUACUGCUGAGAAGUUCAUUGCUAUGUGGAUUGACGAACAGCAGAAAGAAGUUGACUUGAGGGUCCUCAACCAAACCAACACGACAAUUUUCGAGGAAACGGUCACUAAAAAGGACUUGUAUAUCCGAAUCUACUCCAUCACAAUUGGCCUGAGUAUGGCGCUGGUUCUAACGCGAUCCUAUUUGAUGUUCGACUUCUGCCGAAGAGCUUCGGUUAAGUUGCACAAGGUCAUGUCCACGACCAUCAUUAAUGCUGUAAUGGAAUUUUUUGACACCAACUUUAUCGGCAACGUGUUGAAUCGAUUUUCUCAGGACCUGAUCACUAUUGAUGAAUUUUUGCCUCACACGAUAAUCGAAAUGUUCAAGAUAUCAGCGCAGAUUUUGGGAGUUGUAGUCAAUAUAUCAAUUGUCAAUUGGCGGUUUUUAAUUCCGGCCAGCGCCUUCUUUUUCAUCACUUUCUUUGUGCGAAGGCUUUAUCUACCGACUGGCAGGAGCUUGAAGCGACUUGAAGCAGCCACUAGAAGUCCACUGGUGGGUCAUCUGAAUGCUUCCCUUGAAGGGCUGACCACCAUAAGGGCCUACAAGGCUGAAGAUAUUUUGAAACAGGAAUUCGACCGCCAUCAAGACCUCUACACUUCGGCACAUUUCAUGCUAACGUGCACGUCCAGGGCUUUUGGAUUUCUUCUGGAUUCAAUGUGCUCAGUUUUAAUUGCUAUGGUGGUGUUCAGGUUCCUGUUCUUCGAUACUGAUACAAGCGCUGGAAAUGUUGGUUUGGUGCUCACUCAAGUGUUUAUGCUGGCUGGAAGUGUGCAAUGGGGAGUUCGAUGUUGGGCAGACCUGGAGAACCAAAUGACGUCAGUGGAGCGUACGUUGGAAUACACUAAACUGAAGCAGGAGAAGAAACAGGGCAGUAAAGUUGACAACUGGCCGAACGAGGGCCAUAUCCGCUACAAGAACGUGUGUAUGUCCUAUGGCAAAGAAAUGAUCUUGAAGAACCUUAAUUUCGAAGUGCUACCAUCCCAGAAAGUUGGCAUUUGCGGACGCACUGGAGCUGGAAAGUCCUCAAUCAUUUCAACUCUAUUUCGGCUGUAUGAAGUGGAUGGGGACAUCCUGAUUGAUGGCGUCAACAUCAAGCAUAUUGCUAUAGACUUUUUACGCCAAUGCGUAGCCAUUAUCCCACAAGAUCCAGUGCUGUUCACUGGAACAGUGAGAACCAACAUCGAUCCUUACCGCAUCUACUCAGACGAAGAAAUCUGGAAGCUUCUGGAGCGGGUUCAUCUGAAGGGCAGCAUCCAUACUUUGGAGAUGCCGAUUAAUGAAAACGCCCCAGCCUUGAGCUCUGGCCAAAGACAGCUGAUUUGCCUGGCUAGAGCGAUAAUUCGCAGAAACAAAAUCGUCGUUCUGGAUGAAGCCACGGCCAACAUGGACCCUCAAACCGACGUAAUGCUUCACGAUGCAAUCAAGGAAAACUUUGCAGGGUGCACGAUCUUUUCCAUAGCGCAUCGAUUGCACACUAUUAUUGACUCGGAUAAGAUUAUGGUUCUGGAUCGGGGGGAAAUUAAGGAGUUUGAUACUCCUGCUAAGUUGCUGGCCAAUAAGGAUGGCAUGUUUUACAAGAUGAUUGAACAGGCAGGACUCACGAAUUAUUUGAACGGGGGUUGAAUGGAAUCAUUUAGUGCGUAAAAUAUUUCUAGUCAGUAUCGUGCCAGAUUAAGACAAUCCAUAUCGUCCAUCCACGGGAAUAAAUCUGUUGUUUUUAUUAAACAGUUAAGGCGCUUCAAGUAUAGAGUUUCCUCAAGGUUAAUUGAGAAUAUAAAAGUUCUAAUUGGAGGCUAAGUUUAUUGUUUUGUGCGGUCAACAAAUGGUGAAAUUAUCUGUUUUAUUUUACAGACGGAAAAUUCUUCAACAAAGACAUUAAAACCUGAAUUCUUGACCUAGUUCAAUAACGGCUAUCUUGCUAAAGAAUACAAGGAUGUUGAAAAAUCGAUUUAUCCAGUAGUCUCGAGGUUAUCUUGGUGUUUACGAAUCGAUUAAUUACACAGAGCGGCAAAUGAUGGCAAGGCUAAUAAAUUCAUGUUUUAUAUGGGUUUUUAGUUAACUUUAAUUUACAAAUCCAGUUUCAAGUAAUAAAAUGUUGGUGCUCCAAGUGGAA